AUGGGUCUGCGUUACAACACUUACCUCUCGGCCAACCGAGUCUUCGGUUGCAAGAAAUGCAAGACUCAUCUUGCUGACUACGACGAUAUCAUUAGUCGGAGUUUCCGCGGCCAACACGGUAAAGCCUACCUCUUUAACUCCGUCGUUAACAUCUCUGAGUCUGACGCUGUCGAGCGCCAUAUGACAACCGGUCGUCACCUUGUUCGCGACAUCCACUGCUGCCAGUGUCAGACCACCGUUGGCUGGAAGUACGAGAAAGCCUACGAGCCCAACGAGAAAUACAAGGAGGGAAAGUUCAUUCUCGAGGAGGAGAUCAUCUGCGUCGUCGCAUGA